CGGCACAGCGGAGGCCGAGCGCCCGGGGGAGGAGCCUGAGCGGCCGGGCAGCGGGCGCAGCGGCCCAACCAUGUCGGCCGAGGAGAUGGUGCAGAUCCGCCUGGAAGACCGCUGCUACCCGGUGAGCAAGAGCAAGCUGAUCGAACAGAGCGACUACUUCCGUGCGCUCUACCGCUCCGGCAUGCGCGAGGCCGUGCGGCCCGAGGUGGGCCCGGAGGUGCAGCAGCUGCGCGGCCUGAGCGCUCCGGGCCUGCGGCUGGUGCUGGACUUCAUCAACGCGGGCGGCGCGCGCGAGGGCUGGGGCCUGAGCGAGGACGAGCUGGCCGAGGCUAGUGUGCUGUCCGAGAUGGUGGAGGCCGCGUCCUUUCUGCAGGUCACGGCGCUACUGCGCUUGCUGCUGUCGCAUGUGCGUCUGGGCAACUGCCUGGAGCUUUACCGCCUGGCGCAGGUGUACGGGCUGCCCGACCUGCAGGACGCCUGCCUGCGCUUCAUGGUGCUGCGCUUCCACCAGGUGUUGUGUCAGCCGCAAUUCCCGCUACUGUUGUCGCCGCCGCAGGCCCCCGGGGACUCUAGCUUGAAGCAGAGGCUGAGGGAGGCCCGCAUGCGCGGGACCCCUGUCCUGGUGGCCCUGGGGGACUUCCUCGGGGGACCCCUGGCCCCGCACCCAUAUCAGGGGGAACCCCCGUCCAUGCUUAGGUAUGAGGAGACCACGGAGCGCUGGUUCCCCCUGGCUAACAACCUGCCCCCCGACCUGGUGAACGUCAGGGGCUAUGGCUCAGCCAUCUUGGACAACUACCUCUUCAUCGUGGGUGGUUACAGGAUCACCAGCCAGGAGAUCUCUGCUGCACACUCCUACAAUCCCACCACCAACGAGUGGCUGCAGGUAGCCUCCAUGAACCAGAAGAGAUCUAACUUCAAACUUGUGGCGGUCAAUUCAAAGCUCUACGCCAUUGGCGGGCAGGCCGUUUCUAACGUGGAGUGCUACAACCCCGAGCAAGAUGCGUGGAAUUUUGUGGCUCCCCUGCCAAACCCUCUGGCAGAGUUCUCUGCCUGCGAGUGCAAGGGGAAGAUUUAUGUCAUUGGUGGAUAUACCACCCGAGAUCGCAACAUGAACAUCCUGCAGUACUGCCCGUCCGCUGACCUCUGGACGCUGUUUGAGACCUGUGACGUGCACAUCCGCAAGCAGCAGAUGGUGUCCGUGGAGGAGACCAUCUACAUCGUGGGUGGCUGUCUCCAUGAGCUGGGGCCCAACCGCAGGAGCAGCCAGAGCGAGGACAUGCUCACCGUGCAGUCCUACAACACGGUCACUCGGCAGUGGCUCUACCUGAAGGAGAACACGUCCAAAUCGGGCCUGAACUUGACGUGCGCACUGCACAAUGAUGGCAUCUACAUCAUGAGCAGGGACGUCACCCUGUCCACCAGCUUGGAGCACCGAGUGUUUCUCAAGUACAACAUCUUCGCCGACAGCUGGGAAGCCUUCCGGCGGUUCCCAGCCUUCGGGCAUAACUUGUUGAUCUCCUCUCUCUAUCUGCCCAAUAAAGCAGAGACCUGACUGAUUCAACAGCAUUUAAAAGAAAAAUCUGGUUCAAGGGGUUAAAAGAAGUCAAGUCUUUGAAAUACUGAUUCCUGAAGGGACAAAGUGUGCUGACGUGGGUCACAUUUGUAGGUGGCUCAGCUGUAAAUAAGCUUCUUGAACUAAUUACUUGAAGACUUGGGGUAGAGAGACCAACCCUAUUCUUUCCAGAUUGUUUUUUGUAUCAUGGGAACAAAUGUCACGAUGAUAAGUAUUCAUCCAAACCUAACAAUCUUGGGCCAACAACGAAAACCCACCAUUAAAAAGUAGACUACUAGGGUCUGCUUUGUACGGCUAAGGUCAGUAGCUAACCUGAUAGUAAUGUUUUCAUUCUGUGUGUUUCCUGCUGGAAGUGGAAUCCAGGGCCUCAUGAUAGUCCCAGAAAAGACGACUCUAAAAAUUCUCUUUCUUCAGGUCACCUGAGAUCUCCUCAGUGGGGACUUCCUUUUGGCGAUCAGUUUAUGUGACAAGCAUUAGGAUCCAUCCCCCUCCUUAGUCUCCCGGCUCCCCUGUCACCCGUCUCUCUGGGCAGACAUUUUAUCAUGCAUUUGCUUUCAGAAACCAACAGGUGUGUCUGACCUUUUGACAUUUAGACAUCAUGUUAUCAUUUAUAAACUUUGUGCACACUUGAGUUACCUUUUAAAAUGUAUCUUAAUGUUCUAAGUAAGUUCCUGAUGCCGUGUUAGCUACUUUGUAGCUGACCUUGGGGCCCACAACCUAUGGGCGCCUUGCCUGCUGCAAGGACAGAGCCAGACGGAGAAUCCCCACAAGCACCCAGUCCAUCCCCAAACGUGGAUAAGCACAUUCUUGGCCGCUUUCCCAGUCUUUGUGCAGUUGAGAAUGCUGUCUGAAGUAGACUAGUGAACCUCUUAUCCCAUGUGUGGCAAAUGAGGUUCUGCAUGGGUCACCACAGCUGCACUAUGAGGUUUUUGUUUAUAGAAGAUUGCUAUAAACAUUUUAUAAAUUGAGUCUUAAACGAGGGGGAGUACUGCAUAAGGAAAGAUUCCUUUCUGAGUUACUUUUAUUGAAUGUAUUUGGCUUAGUUCUUGUUUCAAGGCAAAACAAACAAACAAACACUACGUUUGCACAUUUACACGAGGUUUCCUCCUAGCUUGAUCUUAGCCUUAGACGUGUUGCAGUGUUUUGCCUUUUUGAGGGAAGGAUGGAUGUAGCUGAUGUGUGCUAGAAAGUAGGGGAGAUAUUCUUUAUGGAUGGCCUCUGCCAGCGCUUCUGAACUGAGGUGAGGUGCUGGCCUCACAGCUCUCCUGCCAACAGCAGUGAAUAGCUGAAGGACCUGCCAAUCAUGGGUCUGUGUUUCUUAAAAGACUCAAGGGCCCACUUAGUGUGCACAAGAGGCCUCAGGUUUAAUCUCCAGCACUUGUAGCAGCAGCAGCAAGGUCCUCACCUACGGGAAUUUUGAUUGAAGAGAAUUUGUUGCAACCAGCUGCUAUCUAGUAACGGAGUCAGCUAGAGGAGCCUUAUCCCGUCUCUGCACCAGAAAGCUCUAUAGAAAACCAGAAUUACAGGCAGAUUCUUCCUGGUUCUUUGUACGGGCUUCAUUCCUUGGUGGCUGGGCAUGGGGGAGGGGAAACCGACCCCCCAGUGGGUCUUCAGUGUCAUGAGGGAGUCACUUCAGGGUCUCUUUACAGCCAUGCCUCUAAUACAGCCUUAGAGCCUAGUUAUAAAACUCUUAUUUGCACGACUGUUUUAGAAGCUCUGUUAGUAUUUAUUUGGGACAUGGUGACAGUUCUUAGAGUCUUGUCAUGAAAUCUACCAGUAUCCAAUCAACCUGCUUAUAAUGCCCUUGGAAGCUUACAGGCCAUUCCCAAGCCAAGUCUGUUUUCGAACACUGAGUCGGUUUCUCCCCCUACCCCAGCUUUUUUUCUUUCUCUAAGACAGGGUAUUGCCUUACAAUCCAGGAUAACUCCAAACUGGAGAAUCUCUCACCUCGGCCUCUUGCUACCAUGCCUGCCUUUAUGAAUAGGUUUUAAACUGUUUUGCUGGGUUCUUAAAAACAAACAAACAAACAAACAAACAAACAAAAACUCUGAGCUAAAAUCUUCACCAAAAUGGUACUUAUAUAAUAGAUUUAAUUUAUAUUAAUUGUAGUAUUGAAUUGUGGGGAGUCUAUAAUUUUGUUACUGCACUUUAAAAUCUAAGUUAUGUUUGUUGCUAUGGAUUUCAUUUUUAUGCAGCCUAGUCCUCAAUAUUCAGAGGAAACUGGCAGUUGAAUUAGUAGUUGACAAAGAUGGGCAAUUAUCUUGUGAGAAAACGCAUCUUAAAAGCACAUCAUGGUGUCUACCUGUUGACUAGGUCUCUUCCUGAUGGCCAUCUGUGGACAUAUUUACUAAAGCCAGCAACUAGAUUCUUGGACCAAAUGAAGCUCUAACACUGACACCCUCGAAGCUCUCACCCCAGACUUGACUUGUAGCCGGUGUGCAGUAUAUGGCUCUGAGGGUUUAGACGCACAGACUCCCGACAGAAGUUUGUCGUUCUUGCUGCCAGCCGUGCUUGGAGAAGAGUCAUGUCACAGAACGGGAUGGGUUUUAUGACAUCUGCCCAUCUGUGCCUUUUACCUGUCUGGGCGCUCUGAGAGCACUUGGAGUUCCACUGGUGCCAGUGCAGACUUCGGCCAGGAGGAUAGUGUUCCUUUCGAAACCUUCAGUUCCUCAGGCAACUCCUUAUGUGAUACUUUGUAUUUCUCCCCAUUCUCUGUUGCCUUACACACCCACCCGCAGAGAUUCCGAGGGGUUCUGACUCCCACCCGGAGGCAGGAAGUGUGUGGGAGCCCGUGUGGGAGCUGCCUGCCAAGAGCGCACUCCUGCUCCGAGGGGUAGUACUACGUCUCCCCUUGGCACCAGGAAGGUUCUGAGAUGACUAUGUAGAACCCAGAACUUCUGCAGUCUGAGCUAAGACAUAUUGUCUAGGAACCAAAAGGCCUGGGAUGCUGGCAAGAAACACAAAAGGCUUAAGAUGAAGCGCGAAACCAAAGAGACUUUGACCCUGCUGUUUUCUGUUGUUUCUAAAGCCAAGAAUCCAAGCAAUCUUAAAUGCCUUAGGUUUCCAUUCAAGCCAAGGGAAGGAGAGGAUACUGUAGCUCUAUACUGGGAGAACAGAGAAAAAUGUUUCUUUUUAAUAAACAGUUGUUUAUAGAACAUUGGGAUGCAGUCCUCCUAUUUCCAGGUAAAGUUACAAGCCUGUUUGGCCAAAGAGGUAAAUAGUAGGGGCUCUGAUGUCUUUGUCAAGGUGUUUAGUGAGCUUAGUUUAAGCCCUGCGACCUGAGGAACUGCAGGGCAAAGGGAUCAUGCCGAAGGCUGGCUUGUCCUUUCACAGGAGUGUGGAGUCUGUGAGUACACUCACUUUGUCAGGGUUUGCUCUCAGGAGACCUGUCAAUCAGUGCUACCAAACAUCCCUGCCAGCCUACCAGAGUGAAGUGAAUGCCAGCUCCCGCCCCUGCUUCAGAGAUAGUCUGUAUGAAGGGAGCUUCGAACUCUGGAAGCAGUGAGCUACAUCAAUUCCAUUCUUUGGUGACCAGAAACAUUAAGUGUUGGUGUGAGGCAGAGCUUAGCCUGGGUACACUGACUAAGCCACUGUCCCUGGGACAGUGCUCGCCUUUCAGCCACGGUGUAGUCAGAGUUGCCCACUUUUGUCAGGUACACCGGGCUCAGUCUGGUGGCCCAAUCUGCCCACUGCCUUGAGAUUCAGUAAUAACCCAGGUAGCUUGUUUGUCCUUAAAUCUGAUAUCAUAUCCCGUGUUUCAUGUUUUGUUUUAAACUGUGUGUGUGUGUGUGUGUGUGUGUGUUUUUAUUUUAAAGUUAAUUACCUUUUAUAAUCCUUGCACUUUGCAGUUUGUGAAAACACAGAAACAUUGUGGAAUAUGUUUUAUUUAGAACUCACUCAGCACGGUAGCCCCGCAGAUGGUUCUAAUGAAGGAGGAGGGAGAGCAGGUAACGAUUUGGCAGGAGCAGGCUCAGUGCUGGUACAGUUACGCCUUUGCCUUUAAAACAUUCCCGUGGAAGAACUCAGCAAUGCUGCCUUGCCACCGAGGUUGGUUGAGUUUGCCUUGCUGAUGACUGUCCAGUGGUUUCCACCCUAGGUUUAGUACACACGUUUGCUUCUCACUUUUGUUAGUUUGGGAACACAACAGGAAAUACAUAGUGACUGCCAGCUGCCACUUGACAUUGCCAUAUUCAGCCAUUCCUACGGGAGCCCGUGAAGUGAAAAAGAGGGUCCAUUCUGAAGAGCCCAGGGUGCUCAGUGUUUCUGUAGGGCUGGUUGGUGCUUUCCAUAGCUUGUCACUGGCAAAGCAAAGGAAAAUGUGAUUUGUUGUAUCACUUCAGGGUGGGACAUUUCUCUGUCCCUCCAGUGUUUUCUUACCUAGUUAUUUUUAUGGAAAAGGAAAAUCUUCAAGUUGUAUUCUGUUAUGACUGACACUUUCUUUGUUUGAAAGAUUGUACUGAGUCUGUAGUUUGGAGUGUGGCAUAAAUACACACAUCAGCAUUGUCUCAUAUCCAUAACAGUAUUUAUGCAUCCAACACCUGUGAACCACAGAGCUGUGUUCAUGUUGUUUCUUUUGAGUAUGGAAGGAAAUGUUUUUAAAUAAAAUAGUUCUCAACCA